GACAUUGAUUUUUAAUAUGAACGCAUAAACAAAGAAGACUAAAGAAGUCAAUCGACGGAGCAACUCGCUAUGAAUUUCAGAAGAAGAGGUUGAAAAAGGGGAAGUGGUAGAGCAAUUUUGGUUCUGAAACCUCCCAUCUGUUCCUUAAUUUUGUCCUGAAAACCUUUUGUCCUGAAAACCCCCAUUCGUUCCCUGUCAAAAACCCAGAAAGAGGAAAUGGCUGAGACCAUAAUGUCCAUGGCGGGGAUGGUAGCCAACCCUGUAAUUAACGAAGUUGCUUUCCUCCUCAAUGCAAAGAAUGAGGUCGAAUCACUUGCAGAGAAGUUGAAGGACAUCCGUUCCAAAUUGGAGACAGCCUAUGUAAUGACGGACAGAGAGGAAGAGUUCCAUGAAUGGGUGAGCCAACUCAGAAACUUGGCCUUUAAGGCUGAGGAUGUUAUCGAAGUCUUCAUCAACAAUCCAACCCCAGAUGAUGGUCACGAUUUUCUCCAGCUGGUCAUGUGGUUCUUCCGCCAAAUUAUAGUUCUUCACAAAUUGAAAAUCAAAAUUGAUGAUAUCAAUAGCAAGCUGGAGUCGCUGAACAAGCUUUCAGAGACAAGUUCCGCACAUAUCCAGAUUCGAAGUCCAGUGGAUGGUGAAACUUCUACUCUUCAUUGGAGAAGAGAUCAGGCCUCGAGCAGAAUUGACGAAGAUGAAAUCGUCGGUUUUCAAAAGGAAACAGAGGAACUGGUGUCGUCGUUGAUAAAGGAAGAACCACGACGACGGCUCGUUGUUUUGCCCAUUUGGGCUCCGGGAGGAGCAGGUAAGACUGCCCUAGCUCAAAAGAUUUACAAGAAUAGUAUUGUUAAGAGUCAGUUCAAUUGUGUUGCAUGGGUAUCUGUUUCCCCGAACUUUGCUGUAAAAGACAUUUGGCAAGCUAUACUAGAACAAGCUAAGGAGCUCACAGGAGAAGAAAAGAUGGGGUUACAGACUAAGAAGGACGAUGAGUUGCGGAGUAUGGUGCAUAACUAUUUAGAAGGCAAGAAUUACUUUAUUGUAGUGGACGAUUUAUGGAAGAAGAACGAUUGGGAGAUCAUAACCAUGGCCUUUCCGAUUUCACCCCAAAUGAAAUGUAGGGUUUUGCUCACAACUCGUAUCGAAGAAGUUGCCCGUGGUGCUGACCCAUUAAGUGCUCCGGUUAAGCUCCAGGUUUUGAACGAGGAGGAAAGUAUGGAGCUUUUCUUGAAGAAGGUCUACCGAUGCUCCUCUGACCAAAUACCAAAUCUGUCUAGGGAGAUGAAGAAUCUGGCGAAGCAACUGGUUUCAAAAUGUGAGGGACUCCCAAUUGCAAUCGUGCUUCUGGGUGGUGCCUUAUCCGGAAAAGACCAGGCUAUCAAUGAGUGGAGGUCCAUGCUUGACCGGGUACAUUCAUGCCUGUUGAUUGAAUCAAGAGACUUCCGAAAGGUAGUAGCUAUGAGUUAUAAUGAAUUGCCUUAUCACUUAAAAUCAUGUUUCCUUUACUUUGGUCUUUUCCCAGAGGAUAGUGUGAUCGAAUGUGACAAAUUAAUUCGACUAUGGGUCGCUGAGGGGUUUUUGCCUCGGAGAUCAGACAAUGAAGUAAUUGAAGAUGUGGGCAGAGAAUGCCUUAAGGAUUUAAUCCAAAGGAGUAUGAUCCAAGUUGUAGAAUGGAAAUCAAGUGGGGAUCCUCAAACAUGUCGCACUCAUGAUCUCAUUCGAGCUUUAGCAAUACAAGAAGCCAAGAAAGCAAAAUUUUCCAGCAUUUCCAAGGAGAAACAUUUGGGGGUGUCGUCGGUGGAAGGCAGCCGUCGAAUAGCCCUACAUCCCAAAGACAUUGAUCAGUUCCAUCGUAUGCCUACUGCACCAUCCCUCCAAUCCUCCGAAGCUUUGACUGUGAGUCGCCCAUACCGUCGGUCCCUUUCUUCCACAGUGCCUACCGACGGACAGAGACCUUCUGUUGUUGUUGAGAGAGAUGAUGAUAUAGUAGGAUUUCAAGAGGAAGAGGAUAAACUAGCAUCGUUGUUGAGAAAGAAAAAACCCCAGGGACGGCUCGCUAUUAUUUCAAUUGUGGGCAAUGGUGGAGGAGGUAAGACAGCCCUUGCACGAAAAGUUUACAAUAGAAAUGAUGUUAAAUCUAAUUUUUCUUGUCGUGCAUGGGUAUAUGUCUCCCAAGAGUACGUGCUAAAAGAUCUUUUGCAGAGUAUGCUACAACAGGUUACGACCCUCACAGAUGCAGACUUAAAACAUAAGGAGGAGGAAGAGUUGCAGAGGAUUCUCCGUUAUCGUUUGGAAAGAAAGAGCUACCUGAUCGUAUUGGACGAUCUAUGGAGGGAAGAAGAUUGGGAUGUCAUAGAAAGGGUCUUCCCGAAGCCAUUCAAGGGUCGGAAAUGUAGAGUUUUACUCACUACUCGCAAUCUGGAUGUAGCCAAAUAUGCGGAUCCAUCAACUGAUAAUUGGCUUAUGCUACCAGCUUUGAAUGAGAUGGACAGUUUGAAGCUUUUCCUUGAGACAGUCUUCAAGUGCUCAGAGGAUGAAAUACCAAAAGCUAGUCUCUCCAAAGAGAUGAAAGACAUAGCGAGGAAAAUCGUAGUUGAGAAAUGUCAUGGACUUCCUCUUAUUAUUUUGCUUUUAGGAGGCCUCUUAUCAGUGAAAAGGACAGAUGUUUCGGUGUGGGCUGAUAUACUCAAAAGUUUAAAUCGCCAUGGAAGUCUUUUUACUGUCCUCCAUGUAGUAGAUCUUUGUUAUGUGGAUUUGCCUGAUAAUUUGAGAUCUUGUGUCUUUUAUUUUAGACUUUUCCCACCAGAGGAUACGAUCAAGUGUGACACAUUGAUUCAUUUAUGGGCUGCGGGUGGAUUUUUGGAGCCGACGAAGGACGAUGAAGACGUGAAAGAUGUCGCAAAACGUUGCCUUGGAGAGUUAAUCCAAAGGAACCUGAUCGAGGUCGCCAAACGGAGAAGUGAUGGGGCUCCUGUAACAUGUCGCAUUCAUGUUCUCCUUCGAGAUUUGGCUCUAAUGGAAGCCAAGAAAGCUGAACUUUCGAGGAGUUCUGAGAAUUAUAACCACUUGGACAAUCAUCACCCAAUACUUGCCUUACAUCCUAAGGACAGUGAUCAGGUCCUCCAUGGUACAUCUGCUGCUCAUCAUCCUCAUGUAUUCCAACCGUAUGAAGCUUUAAUUAGGUUGAUGAACCAUCUCCUUUCUUUUCGUGAUCCCUUCAAAUUUCAAAACCAUCUGCACUCCUUGUUGUGUUUCUCUAAAAACCCACAAAUUUGCUAUCAAGGGUUGCAUUUGCUUAGAGUACUUGAUCUAGAAGGUGCAGAAAAUAUCAUGGAAGUACCCAAUGAAAUUAGGAAUCUCACCCUUCUCAGGUACUUGAGCUUACACGGCACCCGUGUAAAACUGAUUCCACCUUGGAUAGCCAAUCUCCCCAACUUACAGACAUUAGAUGCACCCCGUUCCAAGAUUCCCAUAGACACAUUGAGACUAAAUCAGUUGAGACAUCUCUUCGCAGAUUCCUUUUCCAGCUAUCCAGACUCUUCUUCUCUGUCUCUUUGCAUCGGAGAUCUUGAGCAUUUACACACACUGCAACUAGAUAUAGGCGAUUGGGUAACCAGUGGUGGCCUUGAUGACUUAACCAAUCUUAGAGUCCUAAGGUUAAGGUUAAAAGGUUGUAACGACAUUGGGUCCAAGCAAAAUGCAUUAUGCGAGGCCGUAGCCAAUUUGAAACGUCUUGAAUCCCUCAGAUUGACACAAGCAGAAGCAUCAUACUCGUCUCCCAUGGAUUUGCCAUCAUUGUCGACCCACAGGCAUCUCAAUGAAAUAGUAGUGGAGGGAACAUUUACUAAACUUCCUAGAGACGAUCAAUUUCCACCAUAUCUCUCUUAUUUGUGGUUGGAAAAUUAUAUUUAUGGUGUGGAUUCCGUGGAUCCACUCUUCACUCUCCAAAAGCUACCUUGUUUAAAGAAGCUUUGCUUGCGACUGUCCAAGGCUGGAAAAAUGACUUGCUCUAAGGGAGGGUUUCCAAAACUCGAGCAUUUGUAUAUUAGAGUUUAUUUCGAGCCUAAGAAUUGGACAGUGAAGCAAGGAACUUUGCCUAGCUUGAGAGUUUUGCAUAUCGAAGGUGAUCACAGGUUAGGAAAGCUUCCAGAUGGGCUGAGACAUGUCACAACCUUGAAGGAACUUAUCAUAACAAGGGGGUACGAUGUGAAAGAUAGCCUGAUCAAUGAAGGAGAAGAAUGGGAUAAAGUUAAACAUAUAGGACCUUCUAUCAAGUAUUUGGAUGACAGCUUUAUGAGGCCUUGACAUGGAAACAGGUUCACAGCUUUAACAUUUCAUAUAUGCAUAUUUGUUCAUGAAUUCCUUUUGCAACAUGGAAAUCCUUAAGUAGCAACUGGGUAUUGGAGAGAAGUAGUGCCACACAAGGAUAACUCAUUUCUUUAUACAGAUCCUCCUUGCACUGGAUUGUGAUGGCCUGGUGUGAAGGUUCUUUAGAAAUGAGGAAGGUGGUCACUUUGAUCACCCAUCCCUAGUCUUUGAUCAGAAACAUUUUGUGGCUCUUGAAAUGAAAGCUGGAUCAUUGGUAGUCAUCCAUAUUGACCUUAUACAUCAAAGGGUGUCCGGAUCUUUGACCUGACUAGUCCCUGGGGUCACUGUGAUACCGCUUACACAGGACCGGGUCAGUCCGAUACGGAAACUCUCGUGCUGUGGCCCCAAGAAGUUAGGUGCAGCGGCUAAGGAUCAGAAGGAAAGUGGAACCGGAGCCCCUUUAUAUUUCUUGACCGGAGCUCAUUGGCAGUCUUUCAAGCGUUCUAUAUCUUCAAAAUGAUGGUGCGUAGAGGAGGCAAAAUCAGAAGGGAACUUUUCCUUGCUGGAUUAUUGUGCUCUACUUUACAGUUCAAUUGCCUAGUUAUAAUAUGGAUAUUCGCUUUUUGAGGGGCGUGGAUCUUCUUCAUUGAUCUGAAAAUGGAUUGUAUGGCCCUGUAUGCUAAAACUUGGCUUUAAGUGUAUAUGCAUAUCUUUUCUCUAUUAAGGUAUUUUUAAUGGAAUGUUAGGGUGCAUUUAUUA